AUGAGUAAUUAUUUAGAAUUUUUUAAAAUUUGUGGUAAAUUAAAAACAUUAAAAAGAACUGGUUGGGUUAAUCAUGGAGUAGAAUUACCAGAAUCAGUAUCAGAUCAUAUGUAUCGUAUGGCAAUGAUGGGAAUGUGUUUAGAUAAAAAGGAAUUAAUUGGUGAAGAUGGUAAAGAGAUUGACAAGAUGAAAAUUAUAAAGAUGGCAUUAGUACAUGAUUUAGGUGAAUCAUUAGUUGGUGAUUUCACACCACAUGAUAAAAUUACCAAAGAAGAAAAAUAUCAAUUAGAAAAGAAUGCAAUCAUUGAAAUUACCAAUACACUAAGUGGUGAAGUUGGAAAAGAAAUUUUCGAUCUUUGGCAAGAAUAUGAAGAUUGUAAAACCAAUGAAGCAUUAUUAGUAAAAGAUUUCGAUAAAUUUGAAAUGAUCCUACAAGCCUACGAAUAUGAAAAACAACCUCAUCAACUUGAAAAUAAAAUUAAAUUACAAUCUUUCUUUGAUUCAACUAGAGGGAAAUUCCAUCAUCCAUUAUUUAAAUCACUUGCACUUCAAUUAGAAAGUGAUAGAAAAUAA